UCUCCCAGGAAGCUGCCUCCUCCACGGAGGAGAGGGCGGCCCUUAGGACCGGGUCUGUGGGCAGGAUCCUUUGCUCACCUGUAAACUAGGCACUGCAACGACGACGCUCGUCUCCCAGGCUUGGAAAGAGGGGCGGAUAAGAUAACGCGUUUUGUAAACUAAAGCGCAGUUCGAACGAGAGGCGGUGGUUUAGUUUUAGGGGAGCAGGAGACCAUAGUGGCUCCUGUGUGCAGUGGGAAAGCUGCGCAUCCCCUGGCAGCCUUGACUAGUCUUAUAAGGGCUAGCGUGGGAACAAAUCAGGUGACUAUAUGUUUGCAAAGGGCUUGACAAUGCAACGCUGCGAGCCACCAGCAAAGCCAUUCGGCUGCGCUUGCUCAACCGGUUGUGUCUGGGGUUGCGUCGCCGCCGUCAAGACAGCUGCUUUUAGCCUAUCUCUGCGGAGAAGAGUUGGGGGGCGCUUAGAGUAGGGAGCGUGCCAUAUUCCAGUUUUGGCUAGAGAUGUUUGUUGAUUUGAAGUAUUUUAUUGACUCUUCGUUAUUUUAUUUUGUUUACAGAUAUGAUCCAGAUCUGUACGUGAAUUACUUUGGUUAGUCAGAGUGAACAUUCAAUAAUGAGUGGUGCAGCUUUGGGACUCGAGAUUGUUUUUGUCUUUUUUCUGGCAUUAUUCCUACUUCAUCGAUAUGGAGACUUUAAGAAACAGCAUAGACUUGUAAUUGUUGGAACACUGCUAGCUUGGUAUCUCUGCUUUCUUAUUGUCUUCAUACUGCCUCUGGAUGUUAGUACGACAAUAUACAACCGGUGCAAACAUGCUGCUGCAAACUCAAGCCCUCUUGAGAGUAACAACACUACAGGAUUGUACGCUGCUACCCCGGUUCCAAGCCAGCAUCCCUGUUUUAAGCCAUGGAGUUACAUUCCUGAUGGAAUCAUGCCAGUUUUCUGGAGGGUGGUGUAUUGGACAUCACAAUUUUUAACAUGGAUUCUGUUACCUUUUAUGCAGUCAUAUGCAAGAUCAGGAGGGUUUUCUAUCACUGGAAAGAUCAAAACUGCACUGAUUGAGAAUGCAAUCUAUUAUGGCACCUAUUUGCUGAUUUUUGGAGCAUUUUUAAUUUAUGUAGCUGUAAACCCACAUUUGCACUUAGAAUGGAACCAGCUUCAGACAAUUGGGAUAGCUGCUGCAAAUACAUGGGGUUUAUUUCUUCUUGUGUUGUUGUUGGGGUAUGGCUUGGUGGAAAUUCCUCGGUCGUACUGGAAUGGAGCAAAAAGAGGUUAUCUACUUAUGAAAACUUAUUUUAAGACAGCCAAAUUGAUGACAGAGAAAGCAGAUGCAGAAGAGGCUUUAGAAGAUGUCAUGGAGGAGGUUUGUAAAGUGAAUGAAAGCAUCAAGUAUAACCACCCAUUGAGAAAAUGUGUUGACACAAUUCUUAAAAAGUGCCCUACAGAGUAUCAGGAAAAAAUGGGUAGGAACAUGGAUGAUUAUGAAGAUUUUGAUGAAAAGCGUAAUACCUACCCAAGUGAAAAAAGUCUGGUAAAACUACAUAAACAGGUGAUUUAUUCAGUUCAAAGGCACCGUCGAACUCAAGUACAAUGGCAAAUUCUUUUGGAACAAGCAUUUUAUCUAGAAGAUGUAGCAAAAAAUGAAACUAGUGCUACUCAUCAGUUUGUUCACACCUUUCAAUCGCCGGAGCCAGAAAAUAGAUUUAUCCAAUAUUUUUAUAAUCCUACAGUUGAAUGGUACUGGGAAUGUCUUUUGCGACCAUGGUUUUAUAGGAUACUUGCUGUGGUUUUGUCCAUCUUCUCUGUGAUUGUUGUGUGGUCAGAGUGCACAUUCUUUAGCACUACACCUGUUUUAUCCCUCUUUGCAGUCUUCAUACAGCUGGCAGAAAAAACAUACAAUUAUAUCUAUAUUGAGAUUGCUUGCUUCCUUUCCAUCUUCUUCCUAAGUAUCUGUGUUUAUUCUACUGUGUUCAGGAUUCGUGUAUUUAACUAUUAUUACUUGGCUUCACAUCACCAGACUGAUGCUUAUAGCCUUCUUUUCAGUGGCAUGUUAUUUUGCCGUUUGACUCCUCCUUUAUGUCUUAAUUUCUUGGGUUUGACCCAUAUGGAUUCAUCCAUUUCUCACCAGAAUACGCAGCCAACUGCUUAUACAUCUAUUAUGGGUUCCAUGAAAGUUUUGUCCUUUAUUGCAGAUGGAUUCUAUAUAUAUUAUCCUAUGUUGGUGGUGAUUCUCUGCAUUGCUACUUAUUUUAGUUUGGGAACUCGUUGUUUGAAUCUGCUUGGUUUCCAGCAGUUCAUGGGAGAUAAUGAUAUGACAUCAGACUUAGUUGAUGAAGGAAAAGAAUUAAUUAGACGAGAGAAGAGAAAAAGGCAAAGGCAAGAAGAAGGUGAAAAUCGAAGAAGAGAAUGGAAAGAACGUUAUGGACACACUAGAGAAGAUUCUACUAGAAACAGAAAUGUUCAUAUUGACCCAAAAGAGUCAAACUUCUCAGAUAUUAGUGCCAACCGAUCAGCAUCCAAAUAUACCAGAGCUAAUAAUAGGACUGAAAGGGACCGAAUAGAACUCCUCCAAGAUGCAGAACCUUUGGAUUUUAAUGCAGCAGCAUUCACUGAUGAUCCUCUUGAAUCUGAAUCAGAAAGAUCACUUCUUUAUCCACCUUUCAGGUAUCAGCCUGGUGGACGAUACCUCUCGAUGUCUCACUGCAGAAUAUUUGAUGAUGUUUAAGGUCUGAAAGAAUUUAUAGAAUAACUAACCAAGAUCAACACAGCAGUUCAGUCUUUAUGAACAUCUAUAUGCCCUAGAAUUUACACUGUACUCUCAGUGAAAAGUGUCAGGAUCAAAAAGGCACUGAAAAUUAAUCACAUCUUAGUAAUAAUAGUUUAUCGUUCAUUAAGUAGAGUAUCAUCUUUUCUAAUAGGAUUUGUUACAUACCAUUCCUGAAGUGUCUGCCUUAGAAGUAUAGUUACAGUGGAAGGAUUUAAUUCAUGAUAAAGAUCAGUAUAUGUUGAGAACAUGUAAUUCAGUUUGUUUCAGAUUAAUUUUUUUCAGGAAAGUUGUUUUAAAGGUCCAAGGAAGCCAUAAGUCAUAACUAAAUAACAUUACAGUUUUAUUAUUGUGAUUUACAUUUUUGCUGUUUCUAAAGAAUAUGUUAAUCCUGUAUUUCCCAAAGAGAUGGAGACCUCAAAUAAUAACCGUAUUUACAAAACCCAUGUCUUAAAACAAGGCUUACUUACCAGACGUGACUGAAUGUAAGAAAGCUGUUUUUCAACUCUGUAUGCAAAUUAGUGAGGUUUUUGCAUGUAUAAUAAUAUUCUACUUCAACUGAUAGUGUUAGUAUGUUUAGCAUGUGUAUUAAAAUUGGGUGAUGUAUUAUUCUUUCAGUCUUUGGUAGUAACUGGAAAUUGUCUUAUGCUUUUGGUAUUGCUUUGUAAAAGAUUUUCAUUUCAGAGAGAAAUGUUCACCUGUAUUAUUUAGCAUAUUGGUUUAAGUGUUGAUCAUUCUAUUCAAGGAGAAUCUUAAGCAUUAGUGUUAAAUAGUGGGGUUUUUUUAGUAGCCAAAGAGUCCCACAAAAUUCUCUAAUUUUUAAAGGUGCCUAUUUAUGCUUUUUGAAAAAGAACAUCUGGUUAUUCAAACGUAAAAAUUGAAUCCAUUUACUGUAUUACUAACACUUAAAUUGUGGUUUAUAGAAAACAGAACACUAUAUUAGAAUGGAAAUGUGUAAUAACUUGUUCGUUAAACAUGCUUGUUACUUUAAAUUGAUUUUUUUAACCUUUGUGUUUAAGCCAAAGUUAGGUGUUAUAUUUUAAGUCAUCAAUAUUUUAUUGCACAGUGAAUAUAGUUGAGUACAACAUGCUUGCAGAGAAUUUUUUUAUGUUCCUGAAAUGUUUGCAACUCCUAGAGAAUCCAUGCUAUGGAUUCACCCAAUGGUGACUAUACUUAAGCUUGCCCAUGACAGUUCCAGUUUAACACCUAUUAUCCUGUGUAAUUUUUAAUAGUGCUUACUUUCACUCUUAAGUAUCUCAGUUAAAGAUGAAUUAUAUAGUCACCCUAACAAUACGAUUAUAUGUUUCUUGAAAGUAAUCUUUCCCUGAAUCAUAAUUUUAAAUUUUUUAUUUUUCUCUGUACUUAGGGUUUUCAUGUAAAAUUUUUAAAGACACAGUUCUAUGCAGAUACUAAAAGGAAUAGUGUAUCAUCUUAAUUAUCUGAUUUUCUUCAAUUUUUAUGAUCUUUGAGAUUAGAUCCCCUUUAAAAUAAUUAUCAAUGGAUACAUUUUACUCUCAAUUGAAGGUCGGAUAGACUGCCCAUUUGGUGACAUACACACACACAGCCACAGCCACAGCCUUUUAUUGUGAAGUGUGAGUAGAGACAAAUAGGCCAAGAGCAGGAGAUAAGUUAAUACUGUUUGUAAUUUCAUGAUUGACCAUCGACCUUGGGCAAAUCAUGUAACCUUUCAGUGCCUCAGUUUCUUCAUUUGCAAAAUGAAGAUGAUACUUGCUAUUUAUCUACCCAUCUACCUCACAAAACUAUUGUGAGGAUUUUGAGUUGAUGUUUAUAUACUGGAGUUUAAACAGACAAAAUAAGCUAUUAGCUGUGCAGUUUUUCCUAGUGGUUCUUGAAGGUGUUGGAUGGGGAAAUGAUCAACCUAGAAAGGAGUCUGGUUUCUUAUUAUUACAGAGAAGCUUACAAGUCCCCAAAGCAAAACUUCUUUUUGGAGUAAUUCAUCAAAAGUCCUGUGAAAAUAGUACUGUUUUAUUAUUUAGUCUUUGGGUUUACUUUGGAGUAUCUUCCUUAAGUAUAAUGUUGUUUCUCAUCAGGUUUUGUCAUGAAACUCAGAUGCUGUUGUGGAAGUAGAAACAGGAAAAGAGAAGAAAUUAUCCAAUUACUUUUAUAACUUAUAAUGUCCUAAGGUAAAUUGAUAGGAAUGUGUAAGGGAAUGUACUAAUUUCCUUUAUUAUUAAAUUUUUUAUAAUUAUAAUAAUUAAAGUAUAUCUAAUACUUUACAAACAAUAUAGAUCCCUUUAUGACUUUUAAGUUAUUUCCAAAAUAAUUUUUUGGUGUUUAAGUGAUCCUGAGUAUUCAACUUUUUAAGCAGAAUUUAUCUUACAAGAUUUUAUGUAUGAUCAUAUAGAAUGGUUACCUGGCUGGGUAAAUUUGAGUUCAGAAGGUAAUGAUUUAAUCUCUGAUGACUAAGGUUAUUACUGGGAACUCAGUUAAUAUUUGUUAAGCUACUUUGUAUAAAAAACUGUAGUAAGAACAAAAGGUUUCUGUUUUGAGAAGCUUAUUAAAAUGUAAGGACAUCUACUAUAAAACAUUACUACUGAAUUCAUAUACUUUACAUGCAAAGUACAUUUCUUGAAGAAUUACUUCUGGCAAUUACCUUUUGGUGUCUUUCUUAUAUAAUAAUAGAUAUCUGAUUAAAUUUUCUAAGUUAUUUUUUAAAAUAAUUAUUAUGGAAGGAUAUUCAGUAAGCCAGUAAUUCAAAAUAACCAUUACAGAAAGUAAUAAUUAAUAGUCUAUUAAUGUCAUGAAUCACCUGUAAGUUGCUAAUUAACUUUUGUUAUUACAUCAAUAAUUUGUUAUUAUCAAUAGAACAUUUUUAUAAAAGUAAUUAUUAAAAUAAGGAAUAAAGUAUAAGCCUUAUUAGAAUUUGCUCUCCUACCAAAUGAAUACAAGGGCUUUGGAAUAAUUUCAUCACAGAAGAGGCCCUCAUUUCACAAGAGUGGUAAGAGCUAAAUCAAAACACUGAAGAGUUUUCCAUUUAUAAAGAGUAGAUGAGAGAAUGACAAUCCAAACCUUCAAAAAGAAAUGCUGCCAAUUGAUUUGUUUUUGGACUCUACUAUUUGGUUAGAUUAUCAGUUCUUAAAUUUACACCGAUUGUGUACCCAAAUGAAAUUAAAUGUGGAAUGGAAAGUCAAUGUGUUUUUUAAGGUAUAUUUCAACAUAUUAAUGAAAAGAUUUCAUUUAUGUACAAUGACAAACCUCAAUUUUUACACCUUUAAUAGGUUUAGGGAAUGUUCUCGAUGGUGUGUUGGUUACCAUUUUAAAGGAAAAAUAAACUCUCCAUAAUUAUAACUCACACUGUUCAGUAAUGUGAGUUUUGUACUUGUGAUUUGAGUGGACCAUGCCUGAAAAUCACAAGGAUAAGUAUACAAUUGGCCUUCCAUAGAAACGGGUUCCACAUCCAUGGGAUUCAACCAACCGCGGAUCGAAAAUACCCCUAUACUGUGUUUCAACCUGUGAUUGGUUGAAUCCGCAGAUGUGAAUCCAUGGAUUCAGAGGGCUGACUGUAGGUACUUGAGCAUCCGUGGAUUUUGGUAUCCUCAGGGUGUCCUGGAACCAAUCCCCUGCGGAUAGUGAGGGACGACUGACUGUAUUUGCACUGAGGCAAAAAAUGUCCCUGAAAAAUCUUAACGUACUUGAAUCUCCAAAGUGUAAUGGAUUGUAUUGCAUUAAAUGCUAAAUGUUAAGAAGUAAACGGAUUUAGAUUUUUAUCUUUCCUUUCUUUUCUUCCUCCCUUCCUCAUUUGUUUUAUACCUUCCUUCCUUUCUGAGGCCUCUCUUUAUAGUAUGACUUCUAAUGUGCUGACAGAUUUUUCUUCUGUUUGUUUUGUGUACACAGUUGUUUUUGAUGAUCAGUACACUGAAAAGGAACUAGUGAUGGCUACAGUUCCCACUACUUGAAUUGCAGCAUUGCACCUAAAGUAGUGAAACAGAUUUUGCUAGCUAACUAAGCAUCAUCUAAAUGUAGCUGUGAUGUGUGCUGGCUCAGUGUGUUGGAGGGCACUUCAGUAAAAUGAAUUUGUCAGUGUAAUGUUUUGGCAUAAAAAUGGAUUUCCAAAAACAGUGAUUGUUAAAAAAAUGAAACAAAACAUUUAAGAACUUGGAGACUUUUUUUAUGAAAAGGAAUUCAUAAAUAAUAGACAUCAUUGUCAAAGGUUUCAUUAGGAGAGGUUGGAAUAAUAUCAGAGGGUUACAGGAGGCCUUCUAAAAUAUGAUUUGCCUCUGUGUAAGGUACUUCUUUCCAACUCAGCGACUUUUUCCUGAUCAGAGACCUGGAAGACCAGGUAGUAUUAUUGCCUGUCCCAACUCCUAGAGACUAGGCCCUGUGUGCCAUCUCCCCCAGCAAAGCAGGCACUAUCCCUGCCCCAUCCCCAAUCCCGUUGCAGUGGGAACCUGCUCUCACUUCUAAUUCCUUUCUUGCUCAGCCUGGUUAUCCUAAAAUUUUAUUUCCAUUUUCAAAAGAUUUGUCCAUUGAGGUUGGUUGAAGCCUUGCUAUAAUUUUAAAUUUGUUAACGAAGCAAGAAUAUUGGCAUGUUCCUCUUAUCGAUAUCCUAAAAGACAUUUGUUUUUAACACACUCCCUGGGGAGAAUAACUUUUUUCCCCUGAGAAUCUUUUCUUUUGUGGUUAUCUUGAUCUCAAAUCAUUUUGCAAAAGGAGAUUUUUACUGUACUUAGUGCAAGAGUGGCUUACUAUGGCAGACAUAUGUAGAGCAAAGUCAUAAUUUAUUAAUCUAACUAUACAACACAGUUUUGAGUUGAUGUUAUUGACAUAAAUUUUAUCAACCUAGUCACUUAGAGAUGUAUUUCUCAAAAGAAUGCUGGCUGACAUCUUCCCUACUUAGUACACUAAGUUGUAGGGGAGAGACUGUGUAUUUAUUUUUUUUAAAGCAAUCCAAUGGAUUUGUUUUUGAACAUAUUUUGAAAACAACUUGAAGGAUUUUUCUCACUUUAGAAGGUAGAGAACAUGUGGACCUGUCUUUUAAAUUACUGUAAUCUAAUAUAUAUUUAUAAAUUAUAGCAUUGAAAAAAGAGCUCUAAUAUUGAUGUUGUUACUUCCUGGUAUUUAAUUUUUAUAAAAUGUUUUUCUAAGCAACCUAAUUGUAGUAUUGCUUUUAGGUAGUUUAAAAAUCUUUCUCAAAUAAGUUCUGCCCAGAACCUAUUUCCUUAGGGCAAUAUUCUAAAGUUCAGUAGUCCAGUGUGAAUUUGAAAUACGCCUACAUCUCUUCAGUAUCUUUUUAUAUAUACCAGUACCCAAGCAAAGUAUACCAAAAGCCUAAUUUCUGUGUUGCGUUAAUAAAGUACUUGUUAUUUAUCUAAUUCAUUGGACAGGUGAAAUAGAAGAUGUCUUUUCAAAUGUGCAUCUGAUCAUAAUUUUUCAAAAUAUUCAUUAUGUUCAUUUUUGGUGCAUGAUGCCAAAUUUCUCUUUAAUCAUCCCCUACAAGCUGAUAUAUAAUGACAAAUGUUUUCCUAUCUGACCAAUAGGUUGUAGAUUUAACUUUUUCUCUAUGGAUUCUCACUACGUUUUCAAAUAUGUAUUUGGAAAAAGCUGCAAAGUGCUCCUUAUAAGUAAGUUAGCAUCUUUGGCCUUAUCUAUGCAUAGUGUUCUCUCAGUUUGGUUUUGAAAAACUCAUGGAUUUGCAAUUGCUUUGUAGUAUUUUAACUUAUUGUGGUGUAAUGAAUUUUUUUGAAAUGUUUAUUUGAUUAGCUGUUAAAAUAUAGGAAAUUAUGUAGCUUUGCAUGAAAUAAAGUACACUUCUCUGUUACUAAGAAUUUUGCUGAUUAUUUAUGUAUUUUACUUCAUACCAUCUUUGAGAUUAAACUCUUUUAAGUUGA